GCUUGUUGGACUCUAUUUUGACAUUUGCGCAUGCGCACAUUAUUGUAAACAGACCACGUUUUGUCAACACUAGCAGCUGCACUUGGACAGCCAAGACUAUACAGAGAUGCAGUCCGAGUUCCUUAUCCGGUACGGCAAAAUGCCAGAUACUCCUACCCCUCCAUCCACAUGGGUGUGGCAGUUCAUCAACAUCAUCAUGACAGUGUUCUUCUGUUUGGCAGCCUUUGUCAAUUUGAAUGACGAUGAUUGGUUUGUUUGGGUGCCAGGAUAUGCUGUACCUGGGCUCCUCAGUCUAACAGUUGCCAUCAAGCCAAGUAUUGCAAAUACUACAGUGUGGGGCAGUGUUGCUGUGAUUGAUUUCACCCUGUCCUGUGCCUAUGCUAUAUAUGCUGUGGUGAUUGCACUGGAGGCACUGGGACACCAGGUAGCUAACCCACUACAGCAUGAGGAGGGCAGAGAGAUGGGUGGAGUGUUUAUAAUUAUCUUCUGGCUGGGCAUAGCUAGGUUCACCAAUAUUGGCAGGCCUGGGACCAGUGUUACAAACAAGAACCUGAUGAACGCCCUGUUGCUGAUGACCAUCACGCUGACGCUCCUACCCCUGUUGACUUGGUCACUGUGUUUUGUCAGUGACUGGCACACAAAGCUGGCACACUGUAACAAUAUGUUCAAACAGUGACAUUCUCUCCAGAAGCUGUGUUCUACACUGAGCAUGUGGUCACAAUUAAAGUUGUUGUCGCGUGACCAAAAUGUUCCAUUCCACUGACAGCUAUAAUCCUGUCGACCAGCCUCUACAGGACCAGUGUCUGACAUAAGCAUGUAAUUCUGUAUACCACCAGUAUUUAGUCACAGACUCGCACUUUGUGUGAAAUUAUCAUGAAGUCAUUGGAUUACUAGGAUGUGCAAUAGAUUGUGUAUAAACAUUGAGGUUUGUAAUGUUCCCAUAUAAAAGUGUUACUAAGUUAUCACCUGAUGCCAUGUAUUUAUUAAUAAAAUUCAGUAUAAAUGUAUUCA